AGCCAGAGGGGAAGGGAGCCUUUCUGGAGUUUGUGAAGAAUGGAGGAAUAGAAGGAGUGGGAACCGCUCGUCCACGUCGGUUUGCUUUGGCGCGUGCAAUCGGCAUGCGCGUGCGCAGAAGGAAGGCCAAGAUUGGUGGACGGGGCGGUCUCACGUUCCGUCCCAACCAAUCCGGGUGCAGCAGGAGGGUGGGGCCUGGCCGCCACUGGCGGGCGCGGCGUCUGCGCGCGGGUUUCGUCUCCUCGGAGCUGUGCUCGCGGGUCCUCUCGUUGGUGCGAUGGAGUCCGGGCUGAUCCCCCGUUUAGCGCGGCGCCUCGGCAUCUCCGAGCCCGAUGUCCUGAGGAAAGCGGAGGAGUACCUGCGGCUGUCCCGGGUGAAGUGCGGGGGCCUGUCUGCGCACACCACCGAGACCAGCAGCGCCGUCAUGUGCCUGGACCUGGCGGCCUCCUGUAGGAGCUGCCCCUUGGACAGGGCUUAUGUAGCUAAACUUGCCGGUGUGAACAAGAAGACGUACCAGAGCUGUCUCAAGUCAUUCGAGUGUUUGCUGGGCCUGAACUCAAGUAUCGGGAUACAAGACCUGGCCGUCCAGUUCAGCUGCACGGAGGCCGUGAACCUGGCUGCGCAGACGCUGCAAAGCUACGAGUCCAGCCUUCCACAGACACAGCAAGCAGAUCUCGACUUGUCCAGGCCGCUGUUCACCGCUGCCGCGCUGCUCACGGCGUGCAAGAUUUUAAAGCUAAAGGUGGAUAAAAACAAAAUGGUAGCCACGUCGGGCGUGAAGAAAGCCAUCUUUGAUCGGCUGUGUAAACAGUUAGAGAAGAUCGGGCAGCAGAUAGACCGAGAGCCUCGAGAUUCCGGUUCCCCGCCGUGGAAGAAACAGAAGACAGCGGAUGAAGCUCCGGGAACGGAAAUAGAGAAGGUGGAAGAGGGCCCACCUAAACCGCCAAGCAGUGAAGACCCGGUGCUGGAUUACGAAGAGUGGAAAAGGAAGAUUCUGGAAAAUGCUGCCAGAGCACAGGAGGCUGGGGCGGAGUGAGUGCCGCGUGCUGACCGCGUGUGCCGCGCACCUGCGCCAACAAAGAGGCAAGUGCUCCGGGGAGCUGUUUCACUUUAUGACAAGGACCCUACGACCGUGCCUCAGCAGCGCGGCCCCAGCACUGGGCAGCAGGCCGGCCCCUGGGGUGGGCAGUACAUGCAGCAGAUCAGCCACAGCCCCGGUUGGCACGGCCGUGGCUCCCCCCCGGCUCCCCCUGCACAGGGAACCGGAGCCGCUUCUCUCAAGUCUCCUCUCCUGGCCGGUAAAACUCAGGCCGGAUGGUUACAGGUUUUACUUAAGUUUUUGUCUCGUUUCUUGGAUUGACUAAAUCAAUCUAUGUACAGCCCAGUUAAUAAAUACUACUUUUAUGUGU